CCAAAAGUGAAGAACCCAGAACCACAGAAAUUCACCUUUCGCGACCGGAACCAAAAUGUAUUGGUGCUGGUCUCUGGGACCCUCAUAGCAGUUCCCCCCAAAAGCUACAUAUGCCCAGAGACCUUCUACGUCUUAGCCUCUCCUCUGAGCUCAGCGGGUAACAAGGGAAACCCCGUUUUCCUGGCCGUCUCAGGAGGAAAGCUGUGUCUUUACUGUGAGAUGGACAAGAAGAAAGGCCGGCCCACCCUCCUGCUGAAGAAGAAGGACAUCUCCCAGCUGCCUACCUCAGACACAAAAGAUUCGAAGGGCUUCACCUUCUACAGGAAGAAGAGGAGGUGCCGGAACACACUGGAGUCGGCGGCCCACCAGGGCUGGUUCAUCAGCACCUGCCAUGCGAAUGAACCUGUCAGAAUGACAGACAAGCCUGGGACACAGGAGCUCACCAACUUUACAUUUGUGCCUGUCAGCAAAGCUCACACAAGCCCCAGUGAGGUCAGUGAGUAG